UGUCCAUGUCCUUCCCGGCUCAACGGCUUUCCCUCAUCACUAACGCUGCUCUGACACGGAAUAACUGAAUCUGAAAGUGAAAAAUCUUGAUUUGUUUUUAAAAGGACUGAUAUCUCUCUAACUGAGUCCAAUGGCGCAUAGGAUACUACUUUUAUUUCUUCUUUACAGAGUUCUGAAUGGUCAAGAGAGCAAGCUUCCCUCUGUAAAAGAGUGCUGUGAAGUUGGGCAGUUAAUGGGCCUGAGAGGACAGAACUGUGCAGCUCUGCCCCCGUUCACCUCCCGCAUCUGCAGCAUCACCCAGGAGCAGUGCUGUCGGUCCGUUGCAAGAGACAGAGCCUGUAACAACGGCCUCGAGAUGGCACGUGGGCAAGGGGCCUGCGAGAGGCCGUUCUUCACAGGAUUAGACUCCGAAACCCAAACAUCGCGGAUAUGUUGCGACUGCUGCACACUCGGCCUAAUGGCUGCACGCAUGGGUUUGAGCUGCGAGAUCUCCGAUCUGCAGCUGGGAAGGCAGUGCACAGAUGCUGCUAAAACCUGCUGCGAGGAGCCAGAGGGAUCAGCAGAAGCAACAGCAGAGAAUGAAGGGGUCCCAACUCAGCCUCCAGAGCAAGCAGACGCCUGCAGAGACUCCAACUGCUCCCAGGUGUGUGCAGAUGAUGGUAAAUGUGCCUGCCGUGAGGGAUUUCAACUGAACAUGGAUGGAGUGACUUGCCAGGAUAUUGAUGAGUGCAGACAAUAUCCCAGAUGGCUUUGUGCCCACCAGUGCGAGAAUACAGAGGGGUCAUAUCAUUGCACUUGCCGGACUGGCUUCAAACUGGCUCAUGAUGGCAGCAACUGUGAAGACAUUGAUGAGUGUGCUUUGUGGACCCACGACUGCGGCACAAACUUUGUUUGCGUCAACACACCAGGCUCGUUCUUCUGCCACCUGAAGAAGGGGUGCGGGGACGGUUACGUCCAGGAUGCUGCCAGCAGCUGCAUCGGUCAGUUUCACACUUUGGUAAAAAACAUUCAACAGAUCAAAGACGAACUUUCUAGCUGGAGGUUUUUUUCUCUGUCAAUAGACAUUAACGAGUGUGUGGCCACAAUCAGUCCGUGCCGGCCUGGCCAGACCUGCAUCAACACCGUGGGCUCCUACAGGUGUCGCAGUAAUAUAGUCACCUGUGCACGAGGCUACCAUCUAACUGUGGACGGCAAACAGUGUGAAGAUGUGGAUGAGUGCCUCACAGGUAACGUGUGUGGUGGCAUCCACGGCUGCAUCAACCUGGAGGGGUCAUACCACUGUGAAUGCCGAAAAGGCUUUGCAUUCAACAGCAUCACCAAGCUGUGUCAAGAUAUCAAUGAGUGCACGAGUCAUCCCGGUCGACUCUGCGCCCACAAGUGUGAGAACACAGAGGGGUCUUUCCUCUGCAGCUGCGCAACCGGCUUCCAACUGGCACACGACGGCAGGAACUGCGAAGAUAUAAAUGAGUGUGAGAGCAAACCUUGCAGCCAGGAGUGUGCCAACAUAUAUGGAUCCUACCAGUGCUACUGUCGCCAUGGCUAUCAGCUGAGUGACAUGGAUGGGAUAACAUGUGACGACAUAGACGAGUGCAUGCUGCCUAACGUCUGCUCCUACCGCUGCAUCAACACUCCUGGAGGUUUCAACUGUACCUGCCCCCCGAGCGGCUACACACUCACCGAUGAUGGACGCACCUGUCAAGACAUCGACGAGUGUGCAGCAGGAACUCACACCUGCUCUGCCUCCGAGCAGUGCUUCAACAUCCAGGGAGGAUUCCGCUGUCUGCUCUUCAAAUGUCCUCCAAACUUCAGCCAAGCAGCACAGGGGCCAAAAACCGAAACCUCAAUCGUCGUGCGCUGCAUUAAAACCUGCCCGAGACACGACACCGGCUGCAUCCGCAACCCCGUCCACAUCGUCACCUCCACCGUCUUGUCGCUGCCGACCAUGAAGCACUUCAAAGAGCCAGAAGAGAUCGCGGUGCUGCGUACCAAACAGGCUCCUCUCCCCAACCAGCCCGAUGUUUACUUUGACAUCGUGGCCACAGAUGAACACUACUCCUUUGAUGUGGUGAAGCGUUCCCACCAUGGAAAGAUUGUUGGUGUGAUCCGGCAGGUGAAGCCGAUCAUCGGUCCCAGAGAGCUGGUGUUGGAGGUGACCAUGAACUACGUCCUCGCCGGGGUCGUUUCCCAACAAAACAUCGUCAUCAUUCACGUCUUCAUCUCUGAAUUCUGGUUCUGAAAAAGGAGCGCACCGUCUGUAAAUACAACACAGACGGUUGGAAAUACUUGAGGAUGAAUGUUAUGAUAUUGCUUUCAACACAAGUCUGGUUCGAUCGGGGUGGUUCUGAACCGGCCCGGAGGCCAAGAUGCAAGAAAUAUUAAGAACUGUCUACAUGAAUAAUUAUCCUCAAUUUGUUCUUAAUCCACAUUGUAAAAACCAGACUAUACAAAUGUGUGGUAUUUAUUUUACACAUCAAUGUGCCACAGUUAUACAAAGCUAAAGACAUCCUUGGGCUGAUCUGGACCUCUAGCACAUUGAGGUCCAAACAACACCCUGGAUUUUAAGCUUCUAGAUGUGCCACAUUUCUUUUGUUUUGUUUUGAGUUGUUUUUUAUGCUAAAUGUUGAAAGGAUUUCUGGUAAAUGAAUGGCACAAGACUCAAAUUCACAUCCAAAAGCACUGAAUUCAGCUACAAAUGCAACCAGGAACCGAUCCAGGCUAUUAGUUGAUUUAAACAGUUUUUCAUUUGCACAUAUUGUUUAUAUACUGAUAGAAAAAACCUGCUGCCAAUAAAAUACUAGAACGUGAGAUUGAGCUGUGUGCUGCUCAGUGUGAUGGUUCCAUGCCAGUUAAUCUAACCCUUGAGGGGAAAAAAGAAAACCUAUGUUUAUUGGACCUUGGAAAAUGCUUAGGUUCUAGUCCAAAUGCUUUUGCAGUGACUAAUGUUUGACAUUUGGUUCUGUAAGAGAAGUUUUAUGAUUUUUGGGACUUGUUCCAAACCUCACCAGUCAGAUAUUUCUCCCUGAAGUGGGCUCAGUUUUGACCUGAACAUCCACAAAAAUCUAAGAAUUUAGCUGCUGUUGACAAAUGUUUUAUAUUUAUAUACUUGAUAGCAGUUAAAUAAAAUCUGCUUCACUGAAGGAUCUUCCGUCUUUACUUUUCUGCAACCACAUUUUUGUUCUGUAAAGUAUUACUUACACAUACAGAGGCUUCAGUCCUCGAGCAGGUGGUCCAGGUUCCAGUCCCGGCCUGCAACCCUUUGCUGCAUGUCUUGCUGCCAAUAAAGGUCAUUAGAGCCACAAAAUAAAAAUUAUUAAAAAAAAAAGAGUAUUGCUAUUCAAAUCUAAAUGUUUUUCUGCCCUGCAUAGAAAAAAACAACUGCAAUUCAUCCAGUCAGAGCUGCAUAGAACUUUUUUCUUUUUUCAAAAUCUUUGACAGUUAAUUUUCCAAAUAAUAAUGUUUUAUAUGUCUUCAAAACGUUUCUAUGUGAAUGUGGAAAGAACUGGGUGAGAAAGUGUUGAAAUCUUUAUUUGCUAGUUCAUAAUUAUUUGAAAAUACAAAUUCUUCAGACUUUUCGCUGGUUGUAUUAGCAGUUUUGUUUUGUUCAC